CGAAGCAACCUAAGAAACCAUAGGAAGCAAAUUUUAAAUGCUGUGAAAAAAAAAGCGUUCAAUUUUGUGAUAUAAUACAUUAUUGCUACUGAAGACAAAUUUAUCAGAAAAAAAUUAUUCGCUAAAUAAACCAAAAUGUUUAAAUCAGUGAAAUCCACACGUCGUAUCGAGGAUUCCGACUCAAGUGCCGAUGAAGCUUGCGGCGAAGUAAUCAAGGACCAGGUCGAUGUCGUAGAGACCGAAGAAGAGGAACUUCAAGAAUCCAACAGCGACACUGAUAACUCGACCGGUGAUGAAGUUGACAACCAAAACCAGGAAAGCGAAUCCAGUUCUGACGGCGGCACACCAGACACACGUUUGUCAAGGCCCCCAUCGAAAUCUCCGCCGGCCGAUGUAGCGAAACAUAACGAUUCAAGUCAUCCGGCGUUGGACCGUACCAAUGCCGACCGGAUCGACAGGAUGGAAGAGAUGAUUGCCAACAUGAACAACUUCAUGAAUCGUUUUGAGGCACAUACCAGACCAGCACCGACCGACAAUGACGAUGGAUGGAAGUCUUCCAAUGACGUUCAUCCACGCGGAAGUGGUGAAAAUUCCUCUUCUAGCAUCCGGUGGGAUCACCUGAAACCAUUCCCAUCUGGCAUUGCUGCUAACAAGAUGUGGGAGGAAUUCAACCGCUACGUAGAGAAUUUUGAGAUAGCAGCGUCACUCAACAAUGUGAACGACCCAGUCAAGAGGAGCCAGCAGCUAUUUCUCUCCAUCGGCGAUGAGCUGCAAGCAGUGGCGUAG